AUGGCCCUUCAAUCCUUCGAUAGCGAUGCUCUAGGCCAGCUACAGUCUGAGCAGUCACAGCUGCUCGACGCCAUCGAUGAGCUGCGAUCGCUGCACCUGGGCCACCUCGUCGAGCUACCUCAGUUAAUCGUGUGUGGCGAUCAGUCAAGCGGCAAAAGCUCAGUGUUGGAAGCCAUUUCGCGUGUACGGUUUCCGGCCAAGGGUGGUGUCUGCACCCGAUUUGCAACUGAGGUUAUCCUGCGAAGAAAACCUGAUUCGGGUAUCAGGGUCACGAUAGAGCCAGGCCCUUCUCGAGUGGAUGAAGAGGAGAAGAGGCGAUUCCGUAAUUUCCCGACUACAUUGGCGCCCGACACCCCGCUCUCUACCCUGAUCGAGUCGGCGAAGGAGUGCAUGGGAAUCUCCUCUGCAGACGAAAGAACGGCAGGCUUCAGCGACGAUGUACUCAAAGUCGAAAUUAGCGGGCCCGACAAGCCAGGACUAACUCUCGUUGACUUGCCCGGCUUGUAUCAUGCUAAAAGCAAAGAGCAAGGGGCCCAAGGAAUCCCAAUUGUCCGCAAUCUGGUCAAGUCAUACAUGAGCAACCAACGGAGCCUUAUACUUGCAGUUAUUUCUGCCAAGAACGAAUACAACAACCAAGAGGUCUUGGAUCUUGCGGAAAAAUACGACAAGAAGCGCGAACGAACUCUUGCUAUUAUAACCAAACCAGACACGCUGCCGAAAGGCUCUGAGGAAGAACAGAUGUAUAUUGACCUUGUAAACAAUGAGCGGAUCAAACUCCAGCUUGGGUGGCAUGCGCUGAGAAAUCGGGAUUACGACACACGGGAUAUCUCUGAUGGUGGCAGGGAUGAAAUGGAGCGGGAGUUCUUUUCAGAUGGCCAGUGGACCAACAUCCCUCGUGAAUAUGUUGGGAUAGACACUCUGAGACCCAAGUUGAGCACCAUUUUACUAGACCAUAUCAGUCGCAGUCUACCAAGUCUUAUCAAAGAUAUUGAAAGCAAGAUUUGCGACCGUCAAGCCAAGCUAGACCAGCUUGGAGAAGAACGCGCUACUGCUGGGCAAAAGCGGUCAUAUCUCCUCAACGUGAGCAGUCGAUUUGAGAAAAUCACGAGCCAGGCGGUCAAUGGCAUGUACGUGGAUGGUUUUUUCGGGGGGAUCUACGCGACGUCCGCUACAUCAGACUUUAAGAGGCUUCGAGCUGUCGUUCGACGCUUGAAUGAAAGCUUUGCCUUUGAUAUGAUGACUAAAGGUUGUCGUCGGCUCAUUGUUCACGAGGAUCCUAAGGGUGGAUCCCAAGACCGGCGACCCGAAAUCCCGACUAACUCCUCAGUGGGGAAAUGCAGCGAUUCUGCAACGAUUACGGUAGCUGACCUUGAGAAAGAGGUUAGCGAAAUGGCAAGAAAAAACCGAGGAAUUGAACUUCCAGGCACUUCCAACCAAGUUCUCGUCGGAGAGCUUUUCCGCGAUCAGUCCAAACCAUGGGAGGGCAUUGCAGAGACAUAUCUGACAAAAGUUUGGCGUGCAAUCAAGGAUUUUACAGAGCUGCUGCUGCUACAUCUCACUGAGAAAGCUAGCUACAGAACCCUAAUGAGCGGCAUUUUGAAUCCAGCUCUGGAAACCAUGAAAGAACGUGCCCUGCAAAAACUUCAAGAGCUAGUCUUUCACCAUAAAAAUGGGCAUCCACUGCCUUUUGAUGGAGUGUUUCUUAAAUGUAUGGACGGCCGACGGCAAGAACGUCGCCUUGCGCUGCUGGAGCGGAAGCUUUUGGAGACGUCUCCCAGUGCGGCUAAUGAUAAGAGCAAGGCUAUUUUUAGUUUUCGAGAUAUCCAAAAGGCGGUAUCCGAUCUUGAAGAGGAUUCGGGCAAUCAAUUUGCGGCACGUGAAAUUAUUGAUCUGAUGGAGGUAUACUAUAUUAUGGCCCGAACGACGUUUAUCGAUAAUGUAGCUAUUUUGGUCACGGAGAAUUGCCUUAUUACUCCCCUCGAAACGAUCUUCACAGCUCUUACCGUAAGCAACAUGGACGAUCAAGAGAUCAGGCGGCUCGCUGCCGAACCGAUGUAUGUUCAGCGGAACAGAGAGCAAUUCCGUUCAGAUCUUUCCAGGCUGAAUGCUGCGCUAAAAGUCUGUAAACAUCAUAUUACUGGUACUGAAGCUUUGUUUGACACUCGAGUCAAUGGAGCACCAAACUUGUUGCAGGUAGUAAGCGAGCGUAGGGAAGGUCCAACGCAUUCCUCUUCAACAGCGGAUUUGUCUAAAGAUUCGACCGCUAGAAUUCAACACAAAGAGAAGAAUUCCGCCGGUUUGGUGUCGCAGAAGCCCAUACACACCCCGUCCAUCUUCGAUACUCCGUCUUCAGCGGCCCCCUCUGAUGUCAAGACCGCGACCAACGCCGUAUUUCAAACUAAUAGCUCAGCCCCUGCUCCGUCGACUAAAAAAUCCGACAUUUCCGGGAUUUGUAUGGAAAACUCUGGAGCCACAAAAACCGGGGCACUAGUAACUUCAAAAUCGACCUUUCCCCCUUCCAAGUCUUCUAUGUUCUCAUUCCCAAGAGAUGUUGCAAACUUGGGAAACGAUUCCCCUGAUACUAAGGAGGCCCCAUCUGGAUUUUCCGCAAGACACUCUGGGGGUUUUCAAUCCUCCGGAAAGUUCUUUGGGGACGUUAAAACUGUCUCUGGUCCUGGAUUUGGAUCCACCCCAGAGACUGGCGGAUUUUCAUUUGGCAAUCCUGUAGUAUCAGCAGCAGCACCGAAACCACACUCCGGCUUUGGCAGACCAAGGGAAGAAACGCCCAGUACCAAAGGCUUGGGCAAUGGGUAGGCCGUACUUUGAAGAACGUCUCACUUUAUACAAUGGCAUUUGCACUGAUUACUUCUACUCCAUUACAAGCCUCUUGAUAAACAAUUCAUUCGAGGAAUUAAGGCUUGCGGAUUACGCGCUUGAGGGUUUGUCGCCCUCAUGAAGUGCCAGGGAAACAAGGUUAUCCGCACCAGUGACUAUGAUAAAAAGAAUAUAUUUCAAAUCCAAUUUUUACCACCAACGGAGAUAACGAUACUAGAAAGGAAAGGGAAAGCCAGAGAGAUCCCCGGGAGAUUUCUGAGCCGGUAAUACCCUAUCUAUCUAAUGCACGUAAGGGAUGUCAAA